UCAGGAAAAAUACUCUGCUUUAGGUCGGUUAUUUUAUAGAUCGUGUCAUUUUUUUUUUGUCUAGACCAACGGUCAUGACAAGUGCUGAUUGCUGGGCUGUUCUGUGUGAUGGCGAUAGUGAUUGCAACUAUUUGUAGAAGGUUCUACAAAGAGGCUAAAAUGAGUGUCCUUUGAUCUGGUGGAGCAGGUGGCUCGAAAUAGAGGUUCCGGCUCGAAGAGGAGUCAGCCCACUUGGAUGAAAUGCCGCUCAUGAUGUCUGAAGAAGGCUUCGAGAACGACGAGAGUGACUAUCACACGCUGCCACGGGCGAGGGUCGCCCACAGGAGACGCGGCCUGGAGUGGCUCGUCUGUGGGGGCUGGAGGUCCCUCUGUGCCAGUUGCUGUGAUUGGCUGAUGCAUAUUUGUCAAAGGAAAAGGGAACUGAAGGCUCGCACGGUAUGGCUGGGAUGUCCCGAGAAGUGUGAAGAAAAGCAUCCCGGGAAUUCUAUAAAAAACCAAAAGUACAACGUAUUCACCUUCAUCCCCGGGGUUUUGUAUGAACAGUUCAAGUUUUUCUUGAACCUCUAUUUUCUGGUAGUCUCCUGCUCACAGUUUGUGCCAGCAUUGAAAAUAGGCUAUCUCUACACCUACUGGGCUCCUCUGGGAUUUGUCUUGGCUGUUACUAUCACCAGGGAAGCGAUUGAUGAAUUCCGGCGCUUUCGGCGAGAUAAAGAAGUGAACUCACAGCUCUACAGCAAGCUCACAGUGAGAGGUAAAGUGCGAGUUCAGAGCUCAGACAUCCAGGUCGGAGACCUCAUCAUAGUGGAAAAGAAUCAAAGAAUUCCAUCGGACAUGGUAUUCCUUAGGACUUCAGAAAAAGCAGGUUCCUGCUUUAUUCGGACGGAUCAGCUCGACGGCGAGACAGACUGGAAGCUGAAGGUGGCGGUGAGCUGCACGCAGAGACUGCCGGCCCUGGGGGACCUCUUUUCUAUCAGCGCCUAUGUUUAUGCCCAGAAGCCACAACUGGAUAUCCAUAGCUUCGAAGGCACGUUUACCAGGGAGGACAGCGACCCGCCCGUGCACGAGUCUCUCGGCGUCGAGAACACACUCUGGGCAAGCACCGUGGUCGCCUCAGGUACUGUAAUAGGUGUUGUCAUUUAUACUGGAAAAGAGACUCGAAGUGUAAUGAACACAUCCAAUCCCAAAAACAAGGUGGGGCUGCUGGACCUCGAGCUCAACCAGCUGACCAAAGCGCUGUUUCUGGCGCUCGUGGCUCUGUCGGCCGUGAUGGUGACCUUGCAAGGCUUCGUGGGGCCCUGGUACCGCAACCUAUUCCGGUUCCUCCUCCUCUUCUCCUACAUCAUCCCCAUAAGCUUGCGCGUGAACCUGGACAUGGGCAAAGCGGCCUACGGCUGGAUGAUCAUGAGAGACGGGGCCAUCCCGGGCACGGUCGUGCGCACCAGCACCAUCCCCGAGGAGCUGGGCCGCCUGGUCUACCUGCUGACCGACAAGACAGGCACCCUCACCCGGAACGAGAUGGUGUUCAAGCGGCUGCACCUGGGCACCGUGUCCUACGGUGCGGACACCAUGGACGAGAUCCAGAGCCACAUCCUACACUCCUGCGCACAGGCGCAGGCCCCGGCCGGCGGGAGCAGCGCCGGCCCCACGCCCCCGAGGAAGGCCGCGUCCUCGGCUCCCAGAGUCAGGAAGAGCGUCAGCAGCCGCGUGCAGGAGGCGGUGAAGGCCAUCGCGCUGUGCCACAACGUCACCCCGGUGUACGAGGCCCAGGCCGGCGGCGCCGGGGAGGCGGAGCGCGCGGAGGCGGACCAGGACUUCAGCGACGAGAACCGCACCUACCAGGCCUCCAGCCCCGACGAGGUGGCCCUGGUGCGCUGGACGGAGAGCGUGGGCCUCACCCUGGUGCGCCGCGACCUCACGUCCAUGCAGCUGAGGACGCCCGGCGGCCAGAUCCUGACCUACUGCGUGCUGCAGCUGUUCCCCUUCACGUCCGAGAGCAAGCGCAUGGGGGUGAUCGUGCGGGACGAGGCCAGCGGGGAGAUCGCGCUGUACGUGAAGGGCGCGGACGCCGCCGUGGCCCCCCUCGUGCAGUACAGCGACUGGCUGGAGGAGGAGUGUGGGAACAUGGCCCGCGAAGGCCUGCGCACCCUGGUAGUAGCCAAGAGGGCACUCACGGAGGAGCAGUACCAGGACUUUGAGAGCCGGUACAGCCAGGCCAAGCUGAGCCUCCACGACAGGGCCAUCAAGGUGGCCGCAGUGGUGGAGAGCCUGGAGAGGGAGAUGGAGCUGCUGUGCCUGACGGGCGUGGAGGACCAGCUGCAGGCAGACGUGAGGCCCACGCUGGAGAUGCUGCGCAACGCCGGCAUCAAGAUAUGGAUGCUGACCGGGGACAAGCUGGAGACGGCCACCUGCAUCGCCAAGAGCUCCCACCUGGUGUCCAGGACGCAGGACAUCCACGUCUUCAGGCCGGUGGCCAGCCGGGCCGAGGCCCACCUGGAGCUGAAUGCCUUCCGCAGGCGGCACGACUGUGCCCUGGUCGUCUCUGGAGACUCGCUGGAGGUGUGCCUGCGCUACUAUGAGCACGAGUUCGUGGAGCUGGCCUGCCAGUGCCCGGCCGUGGUGUGCUGCCGCUGCUCGCCCACGCAGAAGGCCCACAUCGCCAAGCUGCUGCAGCAGCACACGCAGAAGCGCACGUGCGCCAUCGGUGACGGGGGCAACGACGUGAGCAUGAUCCAGGCCGCCGACUGUGGCAUCGGCAUCGAGGGCAAGGAGGGGAAGCAGGCCUCCCUGGCAGCCGACUUCUCCAUCACCCAGUUCCGGCACAUCGGCCGGCUGCUCAUGGUGCACGGGCGCAGCAGCUACAAGCGCUCAGCCGCGCUCGGCCAGUUCGUCAUGCACCGGGGCCUGAUCAUCUCCACCAUGCAGGCCGUGUUCUCGUCUGUCUUCUACUUCGCGUCUGUGCCGCUGUACCAGGGCUUCCUCAUGGUCGGCUACGCGACCCUCUACACCAUGUUCCCAGUCUUCUCCCUGGUGCUGGACCAGGACGUGAAGCCCGAGAUGGCCAUGCUGUACCCCGAGCUCUACAAGGACCUCACCAAGGGGAGGUCCUUGUCCUUUAAGACCUUCCUCAUCUGGGUCCUGAUCAGCAUCUACCAAGGCGGCAUUCUCAUGUGCGGGGCGCUGCUGCUGUUCGAGGCCGAGUUCGUGCACGUGGUGGCCAUCUCGUUCACCGCGCUGGUGCUCACGGAGCUGCUGAUGGUGGCGCUGACCGUCAGGACCUGGCACUGGCUGAUGGUGGUGGCCGAGGGCCUCAGCCUGGGCUGCUACGUGGCCUCGCUUGCCUUUCUGAACGAGUACUUCGACGUCGCCUUCAUCACCACCACGCCCUUCCUGUGGAAGGUGUCGGCCAUCACCGUGGUCAGCUGCCUCCCCCUCUACAUCCUCAAGCACUUGAAGCGCAAGCUGUCCCCACCCAGCUACUCCAAGCUCACCACCUAGGCCGCCCCGGCCUCCGGUCUCUCCCCCCAGGUUCCUGAUCAGGAAGGGGCUGCAGCCCCAACUUGGCUUUUUUAUUGUAUUUCAAAGUUUAAUUUCCACGUCAAAAUCCACUUGAGUUUCGUCUUGUCGCUGCAGAGCGCCCUCUCGUCUGGUUUCCUGGAGAUCGGUGUGGAAGCGUCCGGUCCACGGUGCCCACCGGUGCCC